GGGUUUAAUAUACUAAAAUUUCCUUUAAAUCAAAGGAUAAUGUUUGGUCAGAUUGUUAUUGGUCCUCCUGGUUCUGGGAAAUCGACAUAUUGUUAUGGAGAAUACCAGUUUUUAAAUGCCAUAGGUCGUAAACUGGCUAUAAUAAAUUUAGAUCCUGCCAAUGAUAGAUUACCUUACGAUGAAGAUGUUGCAUUAGAUAUUCGAGAUUAUAUUACCCUUGAAGAAAUCAUGGAAGAGUUGAAUUUAGGACCAAAUGGGGGAUUGAUGUAUGCUUUAGAGAAUCUUGAUGAAGCUGGAAUUGACGAUUUCAUUGCUCAAGUUGAUAAAUUAGUCGAAGAUCAAAAUUAUUUAAUAUUCGAUUGUCCUGGUCAAGUUGAAUUAUUCACUCAUCAUAACUCACUUUAUAAGAUUUUCAAGAAAUUAAUUAAAGUUAAAAAGUUAAGACUUUGUGUGGUAUCUCUUGUUGAUUCCCUUUAUUUAACAAGUCCUUCUCAAUAUAUUUCUAUCUUAUUAUUAAGUUUAAGAUCAAUGUUACAAUUAGACAUGCCCCAUAUAAAUGUUAUAAGUAAAAUUGAUAUGCUUAGACAAUAUGGUGAAUUACCAUUUCGUCUCGAUUAUUAUACUGAAGUUCAAGAUUUAUCUUAUUUAACUCCAUAUUUGGAAAAAGAAUCAAAUUCCAUAUUGGGGAAGAAUUAUGUCAGAUUGACUGAAUUAAUUGGUGAAUUAGUGGAAGAUUUCAAUUUAGUAUCAUUUGAAGUCUUAAGUGUUGAAAAUAAAAGAUGUAUGAUUAAUUUAUUACUGGUAAUAGAUAAAGCUAAUGGUUAUAGUUUUGGUAGUGAAAUUGGUGGUGAUACUAUAUGGAGUGAAGCAACUAGACAAGGUGGUCUUGCAUAUCAAGAUAUAGAUAUUCAUGAAAGAUGGAUUGAAUAUAAGGAUGAAUAUGACAAAAAGGAAAGAGAAGAAGAUGACGAGUUAAAGAAUGAACAAGAUCCCCAAUCUGGAGAUGUCCCUUUAACUGAAGAUGAAGAAUACGAACUUGCCUUGAAACAAUGGGAUGAAGAGCAAGCAAGGUAGAAAUUAAUUCAUGUACAUAAAUUAAAUAUUAACUAAAAUUGUAUUAUAUUAUAUUAUACUAUAUAUAGAGAGGUAUUUGGGAUAGGUUAUUUAAUAAAAAGCUAUAUUAAUAUUAGAAU